AUGGCGGCCCAGAGAGCUUGCUCAACCGCUCCAGGGUUCGCGCCUCGUCGAUGUUCCUUUUUGAGGCAGACCAUCCAGUUCGAGGGCGACGGCUUAGACCGUGGGGGUGGCGCCGACGACGACGACGACGUCAUCUUGUCGGGUCGCCGCAUUGUCACGGCGCCAGGAACGCCUCGCAUGGUCGAGCUGAUCGAGCAGGGGCCGCUGGACCACUUGGAGGAUCAUCCCGAGGUCGAGCCCCAUAUCGAAUCGGUAAAGGAGGCUGCUGUCGACCAGAUGGCGAUGACCACGGCGCGGUGCGUUGCCAGCUGCCAGCCGGUGCCCGGCCGCACGGGGGGUGAGACCCCUGGACGGACCAGGACCCGUGGCGGCGGCCAGCGUUCGUGCCGUUUGGCGCGGAAUGGGAUGUGGGCCCAGAUCUGCCCGGGACACCUCCGAGUGGGCGGCCGGGUGCGCCGCGCCGCGGUCGGCGCCCUGGUCCAACCAGCCGCCGCGCGGGCGGCCGCAGGCCGCUGGCGAGCUGGUGCUGCUCCCCUGAUGGGCACGGUGGCCUGCAUGCGGGAUGAAAGCAUGAUUCUACACUCGAUGCCGAAUCUACUGGGUGUGGAUAGCGUGCUUGAAGCAGGGAGAUCGAUGAAGUAG